AUGUUGGACAGGGGAAGUAAGACAAAACAGUUUAUACAACUUGGUAUUACAGAUGCUAUAUACAAAUAUCAAACCUCAUGGAUAGCGGCUCAAGUAAAAUGCAUUACGCAGGGUGGUGGUGGUGGCGGGUUUUACUCAAGUGGAAGAAGUGGAGAGAAUUUUAAUGGAAUAAAAGGAUGGGGUGGAGAAGGUGGUAAGGGAUUUAAUCAGGGAGGGGUGGGUGGAAAACCCGGGUUUAACCAUGUCGAUGGUGGGUUUGGUGGAGGUGGUGGAGGUUAUGGAAGAGGAAAAAGGCAAAAAGAAGGAGGAGGAGGAGGAGGAGGAGGAUAUUCUGGAGGGAGCAGUGGAAAAGGGACUCCUGAUUCCUGUGGGGGCGGGGGAGGCUCUUACAACAAGGGAAACAACCAGGACAAUGAAUGUUGUUUUAACAACGCUGGUCAUGGGCAAGUGACUAUUACGUUCCUGGAGUAA